UGAUUUUCUGCCAUAGCAAGAUAAACUGAUUGCCCCUCAGAUCUCUUUUCAAUGCACCGUUGUUGAGAGCCUACAUACCCAGACAAACCAGUGGAAGUGCUGGGGCAGGCAAAUCAGACAGAGGAGUUUUGGUUUCCUCUUGAAUCUAUCUCUGGCUGAAGCAAUGGGACUCAUUCCACGUGUGGUGCUGCUCUUGCUAUUACUGACUGGGGAGCUUCAAGCAAGCACAUCUUCGUAUGAUGGAUUUGGGCAUGGAAGCCAGCAUAGUAGCAACAAGCCUCAGCUUCACCGCUACAAACCCAAACCCCAGCAGUCUAAGGUCUCCAAUUACCAGUACGAAAUGCCCCAGGUACCCAAGGUUCCUGGCAACCAGCCCAAACCUCAGCGGCCUGUGUACAGGCCCAGGCCUCUGGCUCAGCAGCCUGUGUACAAGCCCCAGCCCCAGCAGCCCAUGCAAAAGCCCAGGCCCCGGCCGCAGCAGCCCGUGUACAAGCCUCAGCGACCCCGGCCGCAGCAGCCCCAGCAGCCUGUGUACAAGCCCCAGCAGCCGGUGUACCAGCCCCAACAGCCCCAGCAGCCUGUGUACAAGCCCCAGCAGCCUGUGUACAAGCCCCAGCAGCCUGUGUACCAGCCCCAACAGCCCCAGCAGCCUGUGUACAAGCCCCAGCAGCCUGUGUACAAGCCCCAGCAGCCUGUGUACAAGCCCCAGCAGCCCCAGCAACCGGUGUACAAGCCCCAGCAGCCGGUGUACCAGCCCCAACAGCCCCAGCAGCCUGUGUACAAGCCCCAGCAGCCUGUGUACAAGCCCCAGCAGCCUGUGUACAAGCCCCAGCAGCCCCAGCAACCGGUGCACAAGCCCCAAAAGCCACAGCAACCGGUGCACAAGCCCCAAAAGCCACAGCAGCCUGUGUACAAGCCCCAGCAGCCCCAGCAACCGGUGUACAAGCCCCAGCAACCAGUGUACAAGCCCCAGCGACCGGUGUACAAGCCCCAGCAGCCCCAGCAACCUGUAUACAAGCCCCAGCAGCCCCAGCAACCGGUACACAAUCCCCAGCAACAGGUGUACAAGCCCCAGCAGCCCCAGCAACCGGUGUACAAGCCCCAGCAGCCCCAGCAACCGGUAUACAAGCCCCACCAGCCCCAGCAACCAGUGUACCAGCCCCAGCAACCGGUGUACAAGCCCCAGCAGCCCCAGCAACAAGUGUACAAGCCCCAGCAGCCCCAGCAGCCCCAGCAGCCGAUGUACAAGCCCCAGCAGCCAGUGUACAAGCCCCAGCAGCCCCAGCAGCCCCAGCAACCGGUGUACAAGCCCCAGCAGCCUGUGUACAAGCCCCAGCAGCCCCAGCAGCCUGUGUACAAGCCCCAGCAGCCCCAGCAUCAGGUGUACAAGCCCCAGCAACCCCAACAGCCUGUGUACAAGCCCCAGCAACCCCAACAGCCUGUGUACAAGCCCCAACAACCACACACCUUAUAUUCCACAAGUUAAGCUUGGGCCUAAUCCCCCUCUGGGAGCAAAAAGCUUUUUGGCUUCAACCCUUACUAAAGCACAAGAUAUCUUGGUGUUUCAACUGCUGAGCCUUGGGUUAAAGCUUUUUCCAUCACACCCUUUAAUAAAAAUGUAACUGACA